UGUACAAUGGCAGACGGAGAGGACUUUGUGGACAAACACAGAUCCCAGCUGAUCCAGAGAGUGAGCAACAUCGCACCUAUUUUGGAUGAGCUCCUAGACAAGAAGGUUAUCGACCAAGAACAAUAUGACAAAAUUAGAGCUCUGCCUACCUCUCAGGACAAGAUGAGGGAGCUCUACAGUGGUCCCCUGAAAGCCAGUGCAGCCUGCAAAAAGAUCUUCUAUGAAAGCCUUUUGGCAAAUGAGAUAUUUCUCAUUGAAGACCUUUCAAAGGAAAGGAGUCCCGGGGAAGCGUGGCUGCUGGACAUUAUUGUCCUGGAGCAAUUUUCAGAGGGGCUCCUGGAAGGAACAGCAGAUUUGGCCAGAUGUCACCGGCCAGCGAAUUUGGAGGUGGCAGUGGCUCUGGCUGAGGACCACCAGGCAGCUAGAGGUCCUGGUGGGAAAGUCAGCCAGUCCCUGCCCCAAGGAGGAGGCUUCUCGGCCUUGUCCCAGCCACACUAA